AUGGGUGUUGGUGCCUUCUGCAAUGAUAUCGAGGGCUGGGGUCCAACAAGUCUUACGCGACCGGAUCUCACGCCCUGCGUUGAGAACACCAUUCUGCUGGGACUUCCCGCUCUUUUGGUGAUCAUCGCCUCAUUCUCUCAAACCAUCUACAUGUGGAAAUAUGGAAAGUCCCAUAAUCUCGGCCGCGCCAACAUCAUCUACUGGCCCUCACAGAUCCUGAUGCUCGGUAACGCCGUCGCACUGUUUGUCAGAGCCGGUCUUUUGAAGGACGGUGACUAUAUACCUGCAGCCAUGUUCAGUACUAUUAGCAUGGCCAUCGCCUGGUUGACCGUCGUCCCUCUCAACUACUAUCAGCACUUGCAGGAGAUCCGUUCCAGCGAUGUCAUCUUUUCUUUCUACUUCUUCUCCAUCGUCGCAUCUGCCAUCAAUAUCCGCACCAUGGCACUGCUAGACCAGACCAACCAGGAUCAGUUUAAAGCAUUCGUCGCCUAUUUCGCCAUCAACAUUCUCGGCUUCAUCGUUGAGGCCUGGCCCAGAGGACGCACUGAAGCCCAGCGCAAGAGUAAUGCCAGCCGAUACAGCAAAGCCAACUUGUUCUCUCGCAUCAGCUUCCAAUAUCUGCAGCCGAUUGUCAGCUCCGGAUUCAAGACGCCUCUUAAACCCAAGGACAUCGCAGGCAUGAUGCCCGAAAGAAUUAAGACCGAGUACAGCCACGACCAUCUCAAUCAGCUGUGGCAGGCCCAGGUCACAAAGCAUAAGGCGCGCGGAACAAAACCGCACCUGUUCACAACGGUCAUAAAGUCCUUUGGAUGGCAAUGGUUCCCGGUCCUGUUCUUCCGUUUCGCGGCCUCGACCCUGACCUAUGUCCUGCCUCAGCUUUUGAACGAGCUGCUUUCUUUCAUCGGAUCGUACAAGGACCCCACUCCCAAGCCAGUUUCUUUGGGUGUGAUUUUGGCGUUCGGCAUGUUCUUUGCCUCGCUUUUGAACUCAAUCUGCAUGGCCCAAUAUUUCCUCUACGUCAUGAACGUCGGUAUCGAGGCCAGGACCGCGACGAUCGCAAUGAUCUACCGCAAGUCACUCAGGCUCUCAAGUGCCGCCAAGCAAAAGUCGACUGCAGGCGAAAUUAACAACCACAUGUCUGUUGAUGCCGAGAGAUGGGCCGAAGCGUUGCCAUUUAUGCCCAUGCUUAUCUCCACGCCUUACGAGAUGGCAAUUGCGAUCUGGAUGCUGUACCAGCAGAUUUCUUGGUCAGUCUUUGCCGGUCUCGGUGCCAUCUUCCUUAUCGCCCCAUUGAACGGUAUUAUUGCACGUGUUUUUCUCAAGCAAAAAAAUAUCAAGCUGGCUGCUAUGGACGAGCGUGUCCGUCUCAUGAACGAGCUGCUGGCGGGCAUGAAGGUCAUCAAGCUGUAUGGUUGGGAUGACUCUUUUCGUGAGCGUGUUGGUGUGUAUCGUCGCCGUGAAGUGUCCAGUCUCCGCAAGAUCGGUAUCAUCUUUUCAUUCAUGUCAAUCAUGUUCCAGUCUGUCCCCUUGGUGGUGUCUUUGGUCUCAUUCGCUGUCUACGCCACUCAUGGAGGACCCAACUUUGGACCAGGAGAUAUCACGCCCCAGCGCGUCUUCGUCUCGAUCAGUUUGUUCGGUAUGCUGACCCGUCCAAUUAGUAUGAUGUCGCAUAUUAUUGCCGAGACGAUUGCUCUCACGGUUGCAUCGACUCGCAUUCAAAAGUUUUUACUGGCGGAGGAAAUCUCAGAGUCAACCACGGAUCAUCUCAGGACUUUGCCUGACGACCCCAGCACACCUUUAAUCGAAAUCAAGGACGGUCUCUUUGCCUGGGAACAAGAGGGCCCCGAGAUCGAGACCGAGAAGGAAAAGAAAAUACGCGAGAAACAAGAGGCCAAGAAGCAUAAGCAGCUCGUAAAGGAGGCCCGCAAGGCUGGAAAGCCCGCACCCGAGAAGGAAGUACCUGUCGAGAAAAACUACGGACCUACGCUCAUGGACAUCAAUAUCAAGGUUGCUCGCGGAGAUUUAACAGCCGUUGUUGGACGCGUUGGACAGGGCAAGUCUUCGCUGCUAAACGCGAUCAUUGGAGAUAUGUACAGGCGCCAGGGCAGUGUGAAGGUCUAUGGAAGACUAGCCUAUGUUCCACAGCAGGCUUGGAUUGUCAACGCGACUUUGAAGGACAAUAUCAUCUUUGGGAAUGAGUUCGAUCAGGCACGGUACGACCAUAUCCUCAUGGCCUGCGGUCUCUUGCCCGACAUUGCGAUGCUCCCAGCCGGAGAUCAGACUGAGAUCGGCGAGCGUGGAAUCAAUCUGUCGGGAGGUCAGAAGCAGCGUGUCUCCUUGGCAAGAGCUGCUUACGAGAAUGCAGAUGUGUACCUAUUUGACGACCCCCUGAGCGCUGUCGAUGCUCAUGUCGACCAGCAUCUCUGGCAACACUUGAUCGGGCCCACCGGUCUGCUUAAGGACAAGACCCGCCUCCUCGUCACUCACGCCAUUCACCACCUGGAACACACGGACCGGAUCAUUGUCAUUAAGGAAGGGAGAGUUGCUGAGGUUGGAAGGUAUAACGACUUGAUGGAAGCCAAGGACUCGCUUUACCAGUUGAUCACGGAGUACUCAGUCAACCAGGGCAGGGCACGCAAGGAGAAGAGCGCCGAGCAGGGUGAUGAUGAUUUAUCAGACGAGGACGGCAUGACUGAAGAUGGAGGCGAGAAGGAAGCCCUUGCUGUUGUCCAGAAGGAUGAAAAGGCCGAGCUGGUUGCAGAAGAGAAGAUGGAGCUUGGAAGCGUAUCGUGGGGAGUGUAUGUUAUCUAUGCCAAGGCAGCUUCGCUCAAGUACUCCUUGCUCGUUGUUUCCUUGUUUGUCAUCGGGCAGGCGGUCCAGAUUGGGACCAAUGUCUGGCUCAAGUACUGGUCGAGUGUUGCUGGGACAAAUCGCCAUACUAUCGCGGAGUUUCUUGGAGUCUAUGCAGCGCUUAUCGUCGCCUACAUGGUUUUGAACGUCGGAUCCAGUUAUAUCACCAUGGCCAUUGCCGCCAUCCGUGCGUCAAACCGCUUGCACGACCUUCUCCUGACAAAGAUGCUGCGCCUUCCCAUGUCCUUCUUUGAUACGACCCCACUCGGAAGAAUCGUUAACCGUUUCAGCAGCGAUAUCUUCUCGCUGGACGAACUGCUUCCCUGGAACUUCAUCAAUGUCUUCUUGUGCGCAACCUCCGUCAUCGGAACCAUUGUCGUCAUUGCGACCUCCACCCCUAUCUUCUUGGUUAUGGUUCCUCCGCUGGUAGUUAUCUAUCUCCUCACACAGACAUACUAUAUCCGAACCAGUCGCCAGCUUAAACGUAUCGAGUCUGUGUCCAAGUCGCCAAUCUACCAACAUUUCAGCGAAACCCUGUCUGGUGUCACGACUAUCCGCGCAUUGGGAGCGAACGAGCGCUUUAUACAAGACAACGCUGGUAAAGCUGAUAUUGCUGCCAACGCUUACUUCUCUUGGGUCACAUCCAACCGCUGGCUGCAGGUUCGCCUCGAGGCCUUGGGUGCCGUCAUUGUCUUGGCUGCAGCUCUUUUCGCUGUGUUGAGCAGGAACACUCUGGACUCCGCAAAUGUCGGACUUGCGCUGUCUUAUGCAUUGUCGGUCACUCAAGAUAUCACCUGGCUCGUUCGCAGUUACUGUGAUCUCCAAAACCAACUUGUCGGUGUAGAGCGCAUUAACGAGUACGCCAGCAAGAACCCCGAGGCACCUGCGCAGACAGACGUCAAGCUGCCUGAGAACUGGCCCCAGGCUGGUCACGUCGAAUUCAGGAACUACUCUACCCGUUACCGCGAGGGUCUGGAUCUAGUUAUUAAGGACGUCUCAUUCGAGGUGCAGCCAGCUGAGAAGGUCGGUAUCUGUGGCCGUACUGGUGCGGGUAAAUCCUCGUUGACAUUGGCACUGUUUCGUAUUGUUGAAGCAGCCAACAGUCACUGGGCCAAGGCUAGUCAUAACGGUGCCGACUCGGAUGCAGAUCCCGCCAAAACCGAAAAGACCAAGGAUCUGGAGAAGGUCGAGGUGGAGGAGGACGGUGGAUCUAUCUGGAUCGACGGUGUGGACAUUUCCACGGUUGGCCUGAUAUAUCUCCGCCAGCAUUUGGCCAUCAUUCCCCAGGAACCUACGUUGUUUGUCGGCACAUUGCGCGAGAACUUGGAUCCGUUUAACGAGCUGCAGGAUGCUGAUCUUUGGGAGGCAUUGGAGCGUGCGCACUUGAAGGAUCACAUCUCCUCGCUCGCAGGUGGAUUGUCAUUCAAGGUAUCGCAGAACGGAGACAACUUCUCUGUCGGCCAGCGCUCGUUGAUCUGCUUGGCCCGUGCGUUGCUCCGCAAGACCAAGAUUCUGAUCCUGGAUGAGGCCACAGCCGCUGUGGAUGUCGAGACAGACGAGCUGAUUCAGAAAACAAUCAGGAAAGAGUUCAAGGAUCGGACGAUUUUGACGAUUGCGCAUCGCAUCAAAACGAUUAUGGACUCGGACAAGAUUCUGGUUCUGGAGAAGGGGCGCGUCGAGGAAUUCGAGGCCCCACAGACGCUGUUGCAACGGCCCAACUCUUUGUUCUACCAGCUUGCACAGCAGGCUGGCGAGAUCAAGCACUCAGAAUAA